CAGAUAAAGACGGGCGGCCGACGUAUAGCGACAGUGAAAUGAGAGAAAAACUGGAAGGAAGUACAGAGUGAGACAAAAGAGAGAAGAAAAUGUGCCAGAACAAGGAAGGGUAGACGAAGCGAAUUAUGUUAGAGGAGGGGAGGACGAGAAGAGAGUGUGUUGGCUGAUGCUUCACCCUUCUGUUUUUUUUAAAGGCUGAGACGGCAUGAAGUUUGAAAAGAGAGAAUACCCUGUACCAGCCUGAAGACCUUCAUUCUCUCAGCGUUGGACACGAACGUACCCUGAAGACGUCAUUUCUCUGUCUGCAAAGCGGCUGGGAAGUUUCUGGGACUACGGCGCACUGUAUGGAUCCCUUCUCAGCAUAAUGGACGGCAUGGGUACCCGAAUGAAACUUUCAACAAACCAAAGGCAGCUUUUCUGAUAACAGCUGGCUGCAGCUAAAGAAAGGCGGCAGAUCUUUCUGUCUUGAAGAUGAACCACAGCAUCAACUGCUCUGACGACAGCGAUCUGAAGAACUACCAGCACAAUGUGUACGCAGUGGUGUACAGCGUGAUCUUAGCACCUGGCCUGCUCGGGAAUGUUCUGGCGCUGUGGGUGUUCAGGAUCUACAUACGGGAAACCAAGAGGGCUGUGGUGUUCAUGAUGAACCUUGCUGUGGCCGAUCUGCUUCAGGUGCUGUCCCUCCCUCUGCGCAUCUACUACUACAUGAACGACCACUGGUCCUUUGGUCACGCGCUCUGCAUGAUCUGCUUCUAUCUCAAGUACGUCAACAUGUACGCCUCCAUCUACUUCCUGGUGUGGAUCAGCGUGCGUCGCUGCCAGCUCACUGUGUGCCCGCUGAAGUACAACUCAUCGAAGCAAAAAGGAGACGUGUUCAUAUGCGCCGCCGGCUGGCUGAUAGUCUUCAUCGCCUGUCUGGUCUUCCCUUGGCUGAGAGAGUCCGAAUCGGAAACCUCUGCAUCCCAGUGUUUCUCAGAACUGCCUAUGAGACCAAUCCCUGCCGAAGUAGCCUGGGUCCUGCUGAUCCUAGCAGAACUGCUGGGCUUCAUUAUCCCCCUCGUGGUGGUGGUGGCCUGUUCAAUUUUGACUGCCGGGAGCCUCCGGAAGGUGGCGGGCGAGGGUGUUCCGGACCACGGCGAGAAGCGGAGGGCGCUGAAGAUGGUGUUGUGCUGUGCCAUCGUCUUCUUGCUCUGCUUCGCCCCUUACCACGUCACCAUGCCUCUGGACUUCCUGGUGAAAGCGGACACUUUGAAGGACUGCUCCCUGAGAAAUCAGAUCCAGAGGAGUCACAUCAUGACGCUCUGCCUGGCCAGCCUGAACUGCAGCCUGGACCCCCUCAUGUACUACUUCACAAGCGACGAGUUCAGGAGGCGCCUCAGCAAGCCGGAGAUGCCCGAGACUUUUAACAGGCGUCUGUCCUGCUUGACCGGAGGAGAGGACGCAGAGGACGACUAGUCUUGCUGAGGAGGCGGCACCUUUACAACCACUAAUUGUCCAGAUGAAGUCUCUGUGCAUGUGCAUGACGACACAAGUUAUCUAUCAAUACCAGAAACUAUGCCACCAAAUGUGAAACCGUUUCCCUAUUUAUAUGUGAAUAAAAUGCAUUUUAUUUUUUA